AUGCGCUAUAUUACUACAGUCGUGGCGCUUCUCGCAGUCACUUUAACUGCAACUGCGUGCCAGCCAGGCACUUACGAGUGUGGAUCGAGUGAUGGAUAUGUUACGGUUAAUGUCUGCAACGGUCAAGGCGCAUUGGCCGUUGCUGCGCGUUGCGACCCAGGGCAGAGUUGCACUGUUAAGGGUGGUGUCGGUUAUUGUGUCUGA